AUGCGACUGUGGGCUUUACUGAUCUGCGUCGUCUCGCUUGCGGAAGCCCGUCCAAAUCUGCGCCUCAACCACGCAUCGCCGUUCUACGAGCGCGUCACGGCCAUGCUCUCCGCGCUCUACGACGUUUCCACGAUCGGCGAAGCGACCCACGACGAUGCGUUUGGGUACUGA